AUGGAAUCAAUUAAGGAAACUAACCAACAAUUACCAAGAAAUACACCUAUCUUUAUUGUCAAUUUAAACAACUUUUCUGAGAAUGAUGUUUCAAAUCAAUCUAAAAAAACAUAUUGUGGCAGACCUAAUUCUAAUCCAGUUUGGGGUUAUUUUUCUGUUGGAGAAUAUACAGGAGAGAAAUUGUGGAGAAAUAAUAUGGCUAAAGAAGAAAAAACUGUUAAACAAAAAUGUAAAACUGAGAGUAAUAUUAGAUUAAAUUCUUUAAAUAUAGAAGUAAUAACAGAAGAAAGACAAUAA